CUAAGUGUUGGCAAUCCUCAUGAUUUCUCCUAUCUUCCUUGUGAGGUAAGUAUUAUUUUCAGCUCCACAGAUGCAGAAAAAGGCUUGGAAGGACUAGAAACACUUGCUAAGGUUGGCUAUUAAGUAGGAGGUAGAGCUACGAUUGGAACGCAUGCUGACUGGCUUCCUAGGCAGCUGCACUUGUCACAACUCCUCACUCUCAUAAAAUCCCAGGAUUGAGGCUGGCUCUAGCAGCAAUCUAAUAAACUUGGAAAGCCACAGAUCUUUGACGGAGGAAUCCAAAAUACUACUGGAAAGGGUGGGUAGAGAUGCCCCGGGUGGGCCCACACCAGCAGGUAGAGGACUGAGCAGAAGGACCCGACUUGUGGCGUGGGAACCAGUGAGAAGCGAACAAGAGGCCGUCUCUGGGCUGCUGUAGGAGCGGACUAUGGGGAGGUUCCCUGCUCUAACCCACUGCCCGCCCGGUUAAUCAUUUCCUGAUCUUCCUUCUCUUGCAGGAUUGCCACAGACGUCUUCCUCCUCCCGUUGCUCGCCUCCGGGCCCCGUAGUUCCUUCGCCGGGUUUUGCAAGGAGCCCCAACUUUGAGGCAACACUUACUACAGCCCCGGACUUUUUGGAGGUCCUGCCUCAGUUAGAUCCAGGCUCGCUCGGGUAUAAAGCAGCCCAAGCCACCGGAUGAGAUUUCCUAUCGCCCUCAACUCUUUUCUACAAAGAAGAGAGGCAGGCAUAUAAUCUGGGCACGGAUUAGAUUAGCAUAUUACAGGCUCGGUUUCUCCUGUGGUAAAAAGGGGAUGGCAACAGCAGUUGGUAGGGUGUUCUGAGGUUGAAAAAGAGGUAUUGUCUGUAAGAUGCUUGCGGGGAGACACCUGUAGGUGUCUAACAAAUGUUAGGUCCCUUCCCUUUUUAAAUCAACUGGUAAUAGGGACCUUCAGCAAGUACAGGUUAGGGUUAUCUCACGUAAACUUCCCGCGGUGGUGAGGUAUGAAGGUCCGACAACGUAGCUAGGUAACGCAGAUGGUAAGUCACAGCAAGAGGGUUUGAAACCAGGUUCGUGGGCGCCCCUAUGAGCCCAGCCACGCAGCAUCCAGAUGGCUAGCUAAGGCCACGGACCAGAACAUAAAGUCAGGACUGCCCUAGGACCCACGAAACCCGCUGGGCUCCCGGGGCCAGGCCCUUAAUCUCUCCGACCUGAUUCUUGUGUAAAAUGGGGGCUAUACGGCCUGUGCGAUCGACUGGUUUUUAUUUUCUCCUUCACACUUUACCAUAUUUUCUGCCGUGUAGCCCGCUGUAGUAGACCUCCACACACCACCCAGGAUCAGUUCCCUCCGCCCGACCGCAGUAAACGCAGCGGACCGGACCCGGGGUGACCCGGCUUGGCGCCUCUCCCUCCAGAGGCUAGAGGAAGCCUCAGCCGCCGGGGUGGCGGAGUUGGGAAAGUCACUUCGGAGCACAGCCUGACUCUGCGCCACCGGCUGGUGCGCGCCAGGACCCGCCCAGCGGGAGCGGACGGGGGCGGGCCUGGGGCGGGCCUGGGGCGGGGCCGGCCCGAGGGCGGGGCGGGGCUGGCCUGGGAAGGCGGAAGCCUCCAGUCCCAGGUUGGCUGCAGAACCCGGAUGUCGGAAUAAUACGUUCUCCGGAGCGGGAAGCUGAGAGACGGCGGGCAGGAAAACCCGGCGCCCGGAAGCCCUUGCUUUCUUUGACGCAAGGGCUCAGGACGCAGCCACCGUCGGCCGAACGCCCGGCUAGGAGAGACCUCAGACGGAGCCUUCGGAGUUCCUCCGCCCUCACUUCGCCUGGUCCCGGAGCCUCAGUUUUCCCCGCCGCCCUCCUCGUGGCCAUGGAGUGUCCACACCUGAGCUCCAGCGUCUGCAUCGCUCCGGACUCAGCCAAGUUCCCCAACGGCUCCCCGUCGUCCUGGUGCUGCAGCGUGUGCCGGUCCAACAAAAGCCCCUGGGUCUGUUUGACUUGUUCAAGUGUCCACUGUGGAAGGUAUGUGAAUGGCCAUGCAAAAAAACAUUAUGAAGAUGCACAAAUACCCUUAACCAACCAUAAGAAAUCAGAAAAGCAAGAUAAAGUUCAGCAUACAGUUUGUAUGGAUUGCAGUAGCUACAGUACAUACUGUUAUCGCUGUGAUGAUUUUGUAGUUAAUGACACCAAGCUGGGACUGGUACAGAAAGUCAGAGAACACUUACAGAACUUGGAAAACGCAGCUUUCAUAGCUGACAGGCAUAGGAAAAGAAAACUUGUGGAAAACUCAUCACUAAACAGCAAGUUAUUAAAAGUAAAUGGAAGCACUGCUGCCAUUUGUGCCACAGGCCUUCGGAAUUUGGGGAAUACAUGUUUCAUGAACGCCAUACUUCAGUCACUCAGUAACAUUGAGCAGUUUUGCUGUUAUUUCAAAGAACUGCCCGCUGUGGAGUUAAGGAAUGGGAAAACAGCAGGAAGGCGAACAUACCACACCCGGAGCCAAGGGGAGAACAACGUAUCUUUAGUAGAAGAGUUUAGAAAGACACUCUGUGCUUUAUGGCAAGGCAGCCAAACUGCCUUUAGCCCAGAGUCCUUAUUUUAUGUUGUUUGGAAGAUUAUGCCGAAUUUUAGGGGCUAUCAGCAGCAGGAUGCCCAUGAAUUCAUGCGCUAUCUUUUGGACCACCUACACUUGGAACUCCAGGACGGUUUCAAUGGUGUUUCCCACUCAGCAAUUCUGCAGGAGAAUUCUACUCUGUCUACAAGUAACAAAUGUUGCAUAAAUGGAUCAUCUACUGUUGUCACAGCUAUAUUCGGAGGCAUUCUCCAAAAUGAGGUUAACUGCCUCAUAUGUGGGACUGAAUCUAGGAAGUUUGAUCCAUUUCUAGACCUUUCACUAGAUAUUCCAAGUCAGUUCAGAAGUAAGCGCUCUAAGAAUCAAGAAAAUGGACCAGUUUGUUCAUUACGAGAUUGUCUUCGCAGUUUUACCGACUUAGAAGAACUUGAUGAGACAGAGUUAUAUAUGUGCCAUAAAUGCAAAAAGAAACAAAAGUCCACAAAAAAAUUCUGGAUUCAAAAACUACCCAAGGUGCUAUGCUUACAUUUGAAAAGAUUUCAUUGGACAGCAUAUUUAAGAAACAAAGUUGAUACAUAUGUAGAAUUUCCACUGAGGGGCCUAGACAUGAAAUGCUACUUACUAGAGCCUGAGAACAGCGGUCCGGAGAACUGCCUGUAUGACCUCGCUGCUGUGGUGGUGCACCAUGGUUCUGGGGUUGGUUCUGGACAUUACACUGCAUAUGCAACUCACGAAGGCCGCUGGUUCCAUUUCAAUGACAGUACUGUAACACUGACUGAUGAAGAGACCGUGGUGAAGGCAAAGGCCUACAUUCUUUUUUAUGUGGAACGCCAGGCCAAAGCUGGAUCAGAUAAACUUUAAUACCUCCUUUAAAUCAUCAUUCAUCAACUAUACUGGACAAACAUUUCCAAUUUUCCACAAAUACUUGAUCCAAGAUUUAAUUUCAUUAUGCACUUUUCAGUUUCCUAUUUUGGGUUUAGUUUUAUCAAUGGUAGUGACUUAUUGAACAUGGGCACCAACUAAUUUUGUUGUUGUUCUACCAGAAAACCUCAGCAGACAUUUUGAUUUGCUGCUUUAGUUGUAAUAAUUCAAUUUUUAUAUGUAGUUUCAAGAACUUAGUUCUGUUUGACUUUUUUAUAUUAAUGUUUUCAGUUCUCACAUUGAGGCACAUUUACAUCAAUGCUUUUGUUACUCUCACAUGCUGACAGCAAGAUACGUUCCUGAGUAUGAAGAGUGACACAAUUGCCUGCUGCCUUUCCCCAGCUCUAAUGGAGAUCAGGUUGACUCUAAAUCAAGGAUCGUGUGCUCAUGUAAUUUGUGGCCCACAAGAUUUCACAGCGACCGCUAAGUAAUCAUUCUUUUGCCUGUUAAAGAUAACUAAGAGGGCAUCAUUAAGUAGACCAGGAAAUUGCUGCUCUUGGUGUCUCAAGGCUGCUGUGUAUCAGCACUAAGUAAACCUGUUAGUUCACUUGUA